UUUUGUAAUGAUCCAGGAAUGAAAUUAUUAGGGACCCUAAAAAUCAAAACAAAUGAUAAAUAUUUGGGUUUAAACCGUCCUAUUGAAUUUGCGCUUACCUUCGGCAAAAUAGAAAUCAAAGCUACUCCCAAAAAUAAAACGAGUGGUAAAAUUUGUCAGGAAUCUACUUUUGAAUUGAAUAUUUAA